AUGCAAUAAAUUCCUAGAAUUCAAAUUAGUCAUUUUAGUUAUUUACAAUCUGAUUUAAUUGGUUCGGGCUACAAGAGUCAAGUUUACAAAGGAGUGAAUGAUUUGAAUGGAGAUUAGGUAGCAAUAAAGGUAAUUAAUUGACUAAACCAAAGGUGUGCAAUAUGAAAUAACUAACAAAUGAAGUUGAGUUGAUGUUGCUCAAUCAAGAAAUCCAAGCUUUGGGAUUGUUGGAUUCUCCCAACAUCGUUAAAAUGUAUCAAUGCAUUCGUUCGCAAUCAAACACCUACAUAAUAACUGAGUAUUGCAAUCAAGGUAUGAGAACCUAUUUAUAUUUUAAACAGGAGAUCUGGCCUAAUUGAUAGAGAAGAAAAAUCAUCUGCAAGAGAAUGAGGCCACCCAAUUAUUCAAACAAAUUAUCACCGGUUUUUUGGAACAAACCAGAAAAGGUAUAAUUCAUAGAGAUAUCAAACCCUCAAACAUUUUGUUAAGCAAUGGCAUACCAAAAAUAGCAGACUAUGGGUUUUCUAAAAUGAUGGGUGUUCAAGAGAAAGUGUAUUACAAUGUUGGUACAACACUAUAUAUGAGCCCAUAGGCUUUGAUGGAUAAUUAAUACUCCGAAAAAAGUGACAUUUGGAGCAUUGGCAUUAUGUUUUAUUAAACUCUCUGCGGUAUGAUGUUGGUUUAAUUAAAAAGGUUGCACUCCCUGGGUAGCCGAAACAGAGAAAGAAUUUAUUAAAUUAAUUACGACCACUCCCAUUCAAUUUCCAAAAAAGAUUCUAUUGUCACUCCAUGCCAAAGAUUUCAUCAUCAAGUGUUUGCAAGUAGACAUGAACAAAAGAUUCUCAGCAAAUCAAUUGCUCGAUCACCCUUUAUUUAAUGAAAAACCUAGAUUGCUAUAAAUUAGUGGAUCCUUCCACAUCACAAGAGGACAAACUCAAUACUAAUAAUAACAAAAGGACAAUGAAUGGAAGCGAAGGCUCAGUCCUAGAGAAGUAAUCGACAGGAAUUACAGCAACAAUUAUUUCAAUCAUCCUCCAAAGCCCUAAUUUUCCAUUCAAAAUCCAACUAAAGACUUUCUCCAAAAUGAUUUAAUACUAUAGAACAUUUUUUAUUUACUAAAACUCAUUCUCAGAGUAGCCAAAUUGAUAGAUCACUUUGAUUUCUUUAAUUAGAAUUGUUUGUAAGAGAAAAUACUCUACUUUAUGAUCAAACAUGCCCUAUUUAAGACAAAGCAAUUUAAGUUAAUGAUGGAAUCAAAUGUCAACACCUUAGGAUUAGUCAACUUCCAUCAAUAUACCCUAAACACUGAUCUCAAAAAAUAAUACAGUACUGAAAUCAAUGAGUUUUAACAUAACUUUACAAGAUCUUUUGAAAGAUUGGUAAAAAUACCCCAUUUAUCAUUAGUGGAUAAGAGUUCAAGAUAAUCAAAAUAUAUACAAGAUCCUUAUUCAAGAUUAAAAAUUUGCAGCAGCUUUCGAUAAAAGUGAUUUAGAAGUACUUACUCAUUAUGUUUUGAUGUUGCCAGUAUUAAAAUAAGCCAUUUAUGAACUUAGGACAGUUUUGUCAAUCAAAUUAAAUCUGUAUACUGAUUUCUAGGUAUCCAUCAUAUUUAAUAUGUAGAUUCCUGAACCUAGAGAAGAAGCUGCCAUCAUAUUAUUAGAUUACCUUGUGCUUUAUAGUUAGAUUUGCAAUAACAUCGCUUAGAAUUAGGACAACUUCACAUAUCGAAUUACUUAGUUUUAAUUGAAAAAAGUGGUCGAAACUAAACCGAUUAAUAAUAACAAAUGUAAAUACAGAGAUAUUUGCAAAUAGAUUGGAAAUUUACAAUUAAUGCUGUGA